ACCUGCUGUGGACAGCUCCGGAGCUUUUGAGGAAUCCAGUCUCAGGGGGUUCUUUUGCUGGAGACGUCUUCAGUUUCUCCAUCAUCAUACAGGAAGUGAUCUCACGAACACUGCCGUAUUCCAUGAUGGACAUGCCAGCUCACGAGAUCGUGGAGCGCCUGAAGCAGCCUCCUCCUCUCUGUAGGCCAAUUGUUUCAGUUGAUGAAGCUCCUACUGAAUGUCUCACUCUGAUGAAUGAAUGUUGGAAUGAAGAUCCGAGUAAGAGGCCAAGCUUUGAUGAAAUUUUUAAACAGUUUCGAGGUAUCAGCAGAGGAAGGAGGGCAAACAUCAUUGACUCCAUGCUGCGGAUGUUAGAGCAGUACAGCUCAAACUUGGAGGAUCUGAUCCGAGAACGAACAGAUGAACUGGAGAUUGAGAGAAACAAGACAGAAAAGUUGGUGGGGCAGCUCUUGCCAAAGUCAGUGGCUCAGGCAUUGAAGAAAGGGAAGCCCGUCCGACCUGAACAUUAUUCAGACUGCACCCUUUACUUCAGUGACAUUGUUGGAUUUACAACAAUAUCAGCUCUCAGUGAGCCCAUUGAGGUGGUUGACCUGCUGAAUGACCUCUACACCAUGUUUGAUGCCAUCAUUGCACUCCAUGAUGUCUACAAGGUGGAAACUAUUGGAGAUGCCUACAUGGUGGCUUCAGGUGUUCCCAACAGAAAUGGGAAUCGGCACGCAGCUGAAGUGGCCAACAUGUCUCUGGACAUCCUGCACUCAAUAGGAGCCUUUAAGAUCAAACAUAUGCCAGAGAUUAAAGUCAAAAUACGCAUUGGACUGCACUCAGGUCCGGUGGUAGCAGGUGUGGUCGGACUCAAGAUGCCCAGGUACUGUCUGUUUGGAGACACGGUGACCACGGCCUCACUCAUGGAGUCCUCUGGGCUGCCCUACAGGAUCCACAUCAGUCUGAGUACGGUCAAAGUCCUGACCAGUCUCAAAGUGGGAUACCACAUAGACACCAGGAAGGCACAGGUGAAGGGCACAGAGGACACAUACUGGCUGAUGGGCCGAGAUGAUUUUAAUAAACCUCUUCCUGUUCCUCCAGACCUCACCGGAGGGGCCAGUAACCAUGGAAUCAGUCUGGAUGAAAUUCCAGUGGACAGACGACAGAAGUUUUUGGACCGACAGAGGAAGAUGAAGAAGUGAUGAAUACACACACACACACACACACACACACACACACACACACACACACACACACACACACACACACACACUACCUCAAGGACUAUGUUUGAAGGGACAUGUCAUCAUUAGGUGAGACACUUUCAGCCAAAUCCAUCUGAACUGCUGAGAUCUUGAGGUUCUUAAACUCUGUAAAGUCUGAAUGGAUGAAUCAGCCAUUGGUGCAGACACUCAUUUCUACUUCCUGAUUUAUCUAGAGGGUGGUUAACUUUGAUUGGUCACUGACAUCACUUUGCCAUGUUUCUGUUUGACUAGUAAAAUUGCAUUUACCUGAUGCACCUGAAGGCACCUUCUUGUAAGUAAAUCAUACAUUUUCAGUCCAGAUUUGUUUCCUUACUAUCAACUGAAUUUCAUAUUCUUUUGCAAUAUUAUCACAAUAAUAGAAAAAAAAUGGAUUUGUGCUGGUACCAUUUUCUGCAGUUUAGAUUAUUAUUGUCUUUGAUUUGAGAGUACAUGUUCCGGAAAGCAGGUUCAACAAACUCUGACUUCAUCAUGUGAGCUCUGAGAUGGACACUGUCGCUAAACUGUAACAUCUUUAUUACACAAUAGUCGUUCUUGCACCUUGAAUCGUGUACCUGAAAAAGUUUGAAAAACUAAUACUAAAUCUAAUGAAAACUAAGCUAAAAUUAAGCAAAAAUUUUUUAACACUAACUGAAUUAGAGGGAGAAAAAAUUUAAAAUGAAAAGAGUUUGAGAUCAUGCGUAUAUUCACUCCUUUCAAGAUAUAAGAUACAAGAGAACUUUAUUAUCAUUAUACAUACAACGGAAUUUCAUUCAGGUCAGCCAUCCAAGCGGGGGAAAUGGGUGCCUGCAGCCGCUGCCCAGCUAAGGGCGCCGCCGUCAUUUGCCUCCAUGCCGGUAAAACUGUAAACAUCUGAUUUCUAAACAUGUUUAUUAAGGUGUAAAAACUUUGAAACUCAGAUAAGAUUAAAAGCAGAAAAGGUUUUCCUCGUGUCAGCUCAGAGUUUCUGCUAAAACUCUGUGGAACAGGAUAUUUUCUGUUGUUUCUAUUGUUCAAACAUCAUGUUUUAAUGUGUAAAGUCCCAUAUCUUGUUCCAAUAAUAAAAACUUUCAUAAAUUUUUUUAUUUUUAUUUUUAAAUGCAAUGUUUGUAAGCACAGUUACCUAUAACUGUAGAGGAGGAGCUGGAAGGAGGAGGAGCCUGGCUUCAUCACAGCUGUUAUACAGGACUGAAUAACAGCUGUGAUGUUAUUCAGUCCUGUAUAACAACUGUGAUGAAGCCAGGCUGUUAUACAGGACUGAAUUCAAAUGUGAAGAUUUUCACUGACCUGCAGCACAACCAUCAGAACAACUCUAACCCAUCUGGGUGACAGUGAGUUUCUUUGUUCAGAGCACAUUUAUGCUUUUUUUGUUUGUUUUGUUAAAAAUGUUAUUUUACCCAGUAAAAUUUUUGAGAAACAGUUCUCAUUUACAAACAUGACUUGGCCAAGAGGCCCCAAUAAAAUCAGGUCCACAACACAUAGAUACACAUAAACAUAUAAACAUACCAAAAAUAAAAAAUCCCAGAGCACACAUGGAAAACAUGACAACUGGAUAAAAAGCAGGAGUAAGAAGAAGAAUAGGUGAAUUAGCAUUAAGGGAAGAGAGGGGAAACUAACGUGUGUGUGAUAUUGUACGCAUGUAGCAAUAUAUGAAGGAGAAAAUGGACGUGGGUAUGUACAUUAGUGUGAGCCAGGGAGAUCAGCAAGACCAACAGUCAACUAUAAGCUGUUAAGUUGAAGCUUGAAAGUAGCAAGAAGUGUUAAGGUUUUAAACUCAUAAGCUCACUGGCAGCUGUGGGUCUAAUUCAGUUCAACAGUGUGAUGGAAAUUGUUCUCUUAUUCUGUUCUUAUGGCUGAUGGAAAGAUCCAUAAUAUCAUGUUAUUGUCUUCAUAUAAUCCUCUAUUACAAGAAAUACUGUACAGGUUAUCCUUUGCACUGAAUGUUCUGAUUAUAUUCAGUGACACUGACGGGUAGAUAACUGCUUCCUAUAAAUGACUCUGUGCUUGUUCUUUGUCAAACACCAUGCAGACUGCUGCUGUACUCUGUGUUAUUGUUUGACCUUUUUGCAAAGGCAAAUUAAAAUGUUACAAACACAA